UAAUGAAGCUUCCGCUUCUCAGGAUCAAGACCUAUCUUUAGUUAAUCAGGAUGCUUCAACGGAAUCUGAAAAGACAAUAAACUUAUCAUUAUGUGAUGCAAAAACCGUGACAAAAUGUCACGAUCUUAACAAUUCUGAUACUACCUCCGAAAUAAUUGAAUCAGACAAUCAAAUCGUAGAAGGUUUAAUACAAGAGAUGACCUAUGAUCAAGCAGAAAAUAUUGUUUCUUCCGAAAUCAAUCCUUUAUAUUCAAAUAAUGAUGAGGAUAUGGCUCCGGGUUCUGUGCAAAGUUUAUCUGACUUAUUUGAUAAAGCAAUUAAAUCGGGUCAAAAACAAAUUUUAAAUUGGUAUUAUUAUUCUCUAGAAUUCGAAAAUAAGGUUAAAAGCCUUACAGCAGAUGGCCAGAUUAAAGAUAAAACAGCAAGAUCAAAAAUAUAUAAGGAAAUGAAACCUUUUCUACCUAAUAUUACAGAUGCAAAUUUGCGUAAGAAAACCGAAAGAGCGAGAAAAAUUCUUAAGCUAUUUG